UGCAGACACCGUAUCCCAUGCGCCAGAACAGAUUGUGGACUUUCUCGACCGCCUCUUCACACAUGAGUCUCACGAACAGCCUGUUCCUCCCGUGAUGGCUUACUCUAAUCCCUCAGUGUUUCUAUACGGCCCCGGACAAGCAAAAAUCCAGGACAGACCAGAACCCAAGAUCACAGAUGCCACAGAUGCGAUAAUUCGGAUCAAGUUCGUGGGAGUGUGCGGGAGUGAUGUAGAUCAGAUCGUCGAGCGGUACUCACGAGCAAAGAUCUGACAGCCUUCAGGUGCAUUUCUGGAACCACGGCGGCGUCAAUGGGAAGUUUGUCUCCGAAUCAAACCCUCUGGUCAUGGGACAUGAGGCCUCAGGAACGGUACAUGCGGUUGGCUCUGCCGUCACCCAUCUGAGGCCAGGCGACAAUGUCGCCAUCGAGCCAGGUCAGCCUUGUCGUUCCUGUGACAGAUGCAAGGAAGGACUGUACAACCUUUGCCCGCACAUGAAAUUCGCCGCUUGCCCACCAGACACCCCGGGAUGUCUCACCAAGUAUUUCAAGAUCCCGGCCGACUUCUGCUACAAGCUUCCGCCGGGGGUGAGUCUGCAGGAGGGCGUUCUUGCCGAGCCUCUUGCUGUGGCGGCGCAUGCAGUGCGAAUGAUCGGAGUCAAACCAGGUCAGAGCUUGGUCAUCUUCGGCGCAGGCACAAUUGGCCUCGUAUGUGGUGCAGUUGCCCGACUAUUUGGAGCAAAGAAAGUUGUGGCAGUCGACCUGCUGGACCACAAGUUGGAAUUUGCCAGGAAUCUCAACAGGUCGAAUACCUUCAAGCCCGAUCUGUCUGCUUCGCCAGAGAAGAACGCGGCGCGGCUGAUUGAGGAAAACGGGCUGGGACUCGGUGCAGACGCCGUCAUCGAGGCCACAGGGGCGGAAAGCUCAAUCAUCACAGCGGUCCAUGUCCUUCGUCCGGGAGGCUCUUGUGUGCAGACAGGCCUGGGAAAGCCUGUCAUCAACUUUCCUAUCCUGGCCAUGAGCGAAAAGGAAUUGCAUAUGCACGGUGCCUUCCGAUACAACGAGGGGGAUUUCAAAGUCGCCAUGGACGUGCUUGAGGCGGGCACUCUGCCUCUAAAGAGCCUCAUCUCCAACAUUUUCGAUUUUGAGCACACCACAGAUGCAUGGGAAGCAACCAAACAAGGACGGGGUAUCAAGAAUAUGAUUCGAGGCUAUGGAUAUAGAGAUCCCGCCAGAAUUAGCCACUUAUAACUUCAAAAAAGCAUCGUUUUGCGUCCAGCUGGCUCCCUGGGUGCCAUGAACAUUGCAGCAAAGGCAGGGUCUGGCACUCAAUGAAAGAGGAGGGGCGAUCGACUCAUGCUGUCGUCCUAUGAAAGCCCAUAGUGUACAAAAUUCAUCAACCAUCAACAUUAG